ACAUACGUGCGUUCUUGUGCUGACAUAACUAACGACGAGCUAGAGUCAUUACAUAUAUUUUACAAUGGCAAACCGCAUGGCCCUCCUCAUCACCCUCUUCGUCUUUGCUAUGGUCUCUGUGGGCUUGGCCACGGACGCACCACCGGCGACGGCGGCAGAGAGCCCCGGAACGCAGAACGUGAUCGGGGGCAUUUCUGGCAUUCCACUCGACGCAGCACCUGUUGGAGGACCCGUUCCAAACGAUGUUUUCCCCAACCUGGGCCCCGGCGUCGAUACUCAGAAAGGAGCUGCACCGGCCACCGCCGCGGGAUUGGUGGCCGCUUCAAUCCUCGUCUCCUCCUUCUCCUUCUCCUUCUCCUUCUUCUUCUUCUUCUCCUAAGUGAGUGAAUAGAUG